ACGCUAUGUUGAAGGAAUGGGAAACGACACGUGCAUCGACUAAGCAUUGAAGAUGUAAAUCAAACAUUGUCUUUUCGCAGCUUUUUAAUAACAUGAACACUUUGAUAUAAUGUCAGAAUGUACUCAUGAUUGCACAGGAACGGAAACUGAAGAAGUAUUGCCCGAUUUGCAGAAACGCAAAAUGGAGGGGGACGUUGUGACAUUAGAUGCUGGUGAUCCUCAAGCCUCGAUCAAAACAUUUAAAAUUGACAGUGAGUUACCAAAUGGAAAGAUCAAACAUCGACCUAAUGAAAACGGUUUGGUAUCACAUAUAUUGACGACUGAAAGUCCCAAACAGACCGAGAAUUGUGAUGCCCCCGAGGAAGUGGAAGUGUGCUCCUCGUGCGAAAGUGAAAAUACGAUAGAUACACCCCUGACGGAACGGAGUAGUAUUGACUGUGCCGGUCUUGGAAGUGAUGCAGAAUCUUCUUUGUGUGAAGCUGUACAAAACUUGGGGGUAUAUGCACCAGGGACAAGUGAUAUAAAAGACGGAAUAGAGUAUAUCGUGUACAAGUCAGAAUUGCAAAUGCCUGACAUCAUGAGACUGAUCACUAAAGACUUGUCAGAACCAUACUCAAUUUACACAUACAGAUACUUCAUCCACAACUGGCCAAAGCUUUGCUUCCUUGCUAUGGAUGGAGCCAAAUGUGUGGGAGCCAUAGUUUGUAAAUUAGAUAUGCACAAGAAAAUGGUACGAAGAGGAUACAUAGCAAUGUUAGCUGUAGAUUCUGAUUACAGACGGAAACGAAUCGGUUCCCAUCUUGUUCGCAAGGCAAUCAGAGCUAUGAUACUAGAUGACUGUGAUGAGGUUGUUCUUGAGACAGAAAUAACCAACAAAGCAGCCUUGCGUCUAUAUGAAAAUCUAGGAUUUGUACGUGACAAAAGAUUAUUCCGUUACUACUUGAAUGGUGUGGAUGCAUUACGACUAAAGCUGUGGUUACGAUAGACUUUUUACAGAAAUGUUAGUUAUCAACUGCGGAACUGUUUUAUUGUUAAAGGGUGUUGUGUGUGAGGAGGGGAAAUACACUGGAUAAUUUAUUUUGCAUCAUGCAUAUAUACAGUUACCAGAGAGUGUGUUUGUGUGGAGUAAUUUGUGUACAGAUGUAUGUAGAAUCAAGAAUCAUUAUCCCUUUCUUGUGUUCAAGGGAUCAGAUGUGUAAUUAGUUAUAAAAUCAUAAUCAAGAACUGUAUGGACUUACGCAAGUGGAACUGUGUCUUCUUGAUCUCACUUGAAAAGUUUCACAUUUUAUUGCUUUGAUUCAUCACCAACUGCAGAUCAUUGAAAGCCAUAUAUUGUUAAUGCCCGCUAAGUAUAAAGGAAUACUGAUUCUUGCCUAAAGAGAGACAUUUAACUGCCAGAGUGAGUGAUUUUACUUGUAGUCUUAAAAUUGUGUUGAUGACCUCCAACAACCAGUGAAAAUCAAUGUAUCAAGUGCUUUGUGAUGAAAAAUUGUAUCGGAACUAUUCUUUCAUAUUUUUUAUACAAACUUAAUAACCGUGCUUUGUUUUGAAGUGUUUUCUGAAAUUGUAUACACGUCUGUUUUAGUUACUGUGAUUUUAUAAACUAACUGAAAGUAAAAUAUCUACUUAAGUUUCAAAGUCCCAAGUAUUCAGGUUCGAUGCACCUAUGUUUUGAAUUACAGGAAAGAGUUUUUUAUGGUAAUCAAUUUUUGUAUAUUAACAAAGAUGUUUGACAUUCAUACACCUGGCUGUAGAAGUCGUUCUAGUCAUCUUAAUAACAAAACUAUAAAUGAUUUAAAAGAAAACUUAUCAGAUUAUUUGUUACAAUUCUGUAUUUAUGUGGCCGGGUAUUUUUUGGGUGAGGGUAGAAGUUUGAUACAGCCAGCAGGGUGAGAUAUGUUGACAUUUAAAAGGAUUAGUGACAUUAGUGUGUCUCUCCCUAGUCAGUGUAACUAGGUCAUUACAUUACUACGAGAGAUAUUACUCUACUUGGCUAAAUGUUUUUCGCAUUGUUAUUAUUACAAAUAAGAUAUCAUUUCAAAAUUAAAAUUUCACUUGACAACUUGUUAAUAGUUGUGUUGCGUUCAGACUGAGGUAGUCCCAGCACUUUAUUGUUUCUUCAAUAACGGAGACUUUCAUUUUGUGGGAAAACUUGUAAAUAAAUGUGAAGAGAUCAAUACAGAUAAAACAGAUAUGAUAUUUAGAACUUGAUUGCAUAGACACCUUUAUGAAAAAACAAAGAUAUUCAGUAUUAUGAGUGAAACUUGACACGUAUGUUUACUGUAAAAAGAGUUCUUAGUUAUAUUUUGAAAUGUCAUUUUAACAUCUAGUGCUUAGUUAUAUGAUAUAUUCUUGUAGAAAUCAUACAAGUACAAACAUACUUGAGAUUUGUUAAUGUACAUCAUCAGAAGGCAUGUAAAGAAAAUUUUGUUGGAACAAAGAAGCAAUUAUAGUUGUGAGAGCAUUUUUUUUCCCUCAAAGUCAAUACAAUUAACAUCUCAAUAUCAUCUUUCCUUUAUUUGCAUCCUAGACAAGUCAACAACCCUAUUAAAACAUUUUAACAUGUAAAUAGGACGUCAGAAAUGUCAGCUGGACUGUGCUGGGAAUCGAUAAUUGUUAGAAAAACAUCGUCAGUGUUUCUGUGUCUAAAAAAUUGCCUUUAAACAUUGAUCAAUGAUGAAUACAGAAAAUAAACGUCCAAGGAAUUAUGUUUGAGUCACUUGAUAAAAAUUAAGUAAAUAGAAUUUUUGUAAACCAUUAUUAAAACAAAGGUUGGGAGAUGGGCUGGUUCUAGCAGAUGUGGCAUUCAAAACUUUUUACAUGUUCUUACUGCCUGCUGUUAACAGCGAACUGUCUGUGUGGGCCAUUGUUAUAUCAUUGAUUGUUACAUACAUGUUCACAUUAUUUAUUAUGCGUGUGUGGAUGUGAUGAGUGUGUGAAUUAUGUCACUGUUGGGUUUCGGCUUGCUUGUGGUGGUGCAGACACUUGUACUGGUCUUCCUGUGUUAUGCAAUUACCUACAUGUGAUCCCUAAAUUGAUUAUCAUCUCUUCGCAAGAUCAUAAGGCUUUCAUAUUUUUCACUGUACAUCAGGCCAUACUUCAUCAUUGUGUUAACUGAUGCAUCCUAGCUGCAGAGAUCGGAUUAUUUACACAGAGAUGCAUGAAAGAGGCAGAUUUUUAUCAACAUAUAACUGGCUAUAUUUAAUAUAACACCAGGUAGGCAUGGUUAUCUCCCCUUGUCCAAUGUCUAGCUGCAAUCAUGACCAUUUCUAUUUCAUAAAACUUUGUAAACCAGUAUACAUUGAAGAUUUUUAAAAGAAAAGUCAACUUGCUGUUUUAAUGUAAUUAUUUAAGCACAUCAUUGAUGCAUUCAUCAUAUAAGACUUACCAGUAUAAAAACUAUCAGAAAUCUCUUCUACUUUAAUCUAAGUUGUCUCUUACAAUUGUUGUGAUAACUACUGUUACUUUCAGGUAGUAUUGUUACAUGUUUUUGUUGGGAUGAAUUUAGAAAAUUUUAGGAAAAAUUGAUAUUGCAAACUGGAGGGAAAAAGUCCUAUAGUUUGUAUUUCCUUAAGUCAGAUUUUUUUUUUAAUUACACGAAAAAUUAUAUUGUAACUGUGUUUCAUCCAGUGUGGCUCAGUCUCGAAGAUUCUUCCUUCUUCAUUGUGAGGUUUCCACUUCCCAAGAAGGCACUCCUGGAAAUACCUUGAAGUUGUUAUGGGAAAAAAUGUCAUUGGUUAUAUCCUCCCAAGGCAUCACAACAAUAGCUAGCUCAUGGAAUAACUAAGCUGAUGAAUUAUCUUGAUCCUGUCUGUCCCAUAAUUCUGGACUAUCAUGUUCUGAUAAUAAUGAGAAUAUUGUUGUCAGCUAGAUAAGUUUUGGUCAUUAAGUAUGACUAUGUUUUCAACCAGUACCUCCUCGAUAUUGUUGGAGCAUACUACCAAAGUUGAAUGAAUUUGGCUUAAAAGUUUGUUAGUAUAUUCUGCGAGUAUGGUAUUAGUUCUCUGCAUUCGAAUGAUUCAAAUGAAAUUCAAUAAUAUCAAAAGUAAAAUGAUUACAUGGGAAUACCAUACAUCUGAUAAUACUGAUGAAAUAUCUGACCUUGAUAAAAUUCAUCUAUAAAGGGUGUUAAUAUAUUUCGUUGGUUUUGAAAUGUAUUUGUACAAUGAAAAGAGAUAAAGCUGUUGUCGAGAUUAUUUGAUUAGCAUUUGAACAAGUAAAGACAGCUGGAUAUUUGUUAAUAUUUGUUGGGAGGAGAGUAAUGUUUGUUGGGGGCGAGGGAUGUUGACUGAUAGAUGGUGAAUGUUGAUAUCAGGUUUAAUUUAUACUGUUGUGAUGAAUAUUGCCUGAAGGCUGUUAAUCAGGAACUUUUUAAUACAUUUGUAUCUGGAAGUUCUGUUACAUUCAGUUUAACAAUUAUUUUAACCAAAUAUAAAUAAUGGUAAUACAUUACUGUUACAAACUUAGAUGUUUUCUUGCUCUUAGAAGAGAUCAAAUUCAAAAUACUGAGAAAUAUGGUGAAAAUAAGGAUGGGGGAGGAAACAAAGUUAAUGUUUUACUUACUACAAUCAUAUAAACAAAGAAAUCAAACCUUUAAUUUUCAUCUGAAUACCUAGUAUGUGGAGAAGUGGUAGUCGCAUAUUCAUUGAUUGUUAAAUAAGUUAGAUAUUAACGCAACGCAAGUAAAAAUUACUGUUUCUGUAUGUAACGCACAACAAAAUCCUGUGAUUUUACUCUUUGUCAGUCAGAACUUUAUUCAAUAACAGGGAUGGUGUGUGUGUUAUCUGUACAUAAAUAUACAUAGACGAGUUACAGACUCGUUCCUAAUGGUGAUGGAUUAUUCCUUCAUAUUUCAGUACAUUCUGUUAAAUCUUAUUUAUUGAAAAGAAUUAAGAUAUAAAUUUUAGAUUCAUUAAGCUUUUUUCAACAAUUGAAAAGAAGACAUAUUUUGGUAACCCUAACAAGAUGAGAAAAGACUACAUAAACAAGUUUCAAAUUAAUACUUUGUUAGUGACUUCUUAAUUGAUUGAAAUCCUGUUUUUUGAUUUUCUGAUUAAUGAUACAAAGAAACUUAUAUCUCAGUUUUCAAUUACUGUUACUAUGGGAGAGGGAUGAAGGCGGGGGCAUGGGGGAUAUAACUUAAUUUUCAAUCGUUGUUACUAUGGGAGAGGGAUGAAGGCGAGCCAGGGAGGAUAUACCUUAACUUUCAAUCGCUGUUACUAUGGGAGAGGGAUGAAGGCAGGGGGAAUAAACCUUAACUUUCAAUCGUAGUUACUAUGGGAGAGGGAUGAAG